GAAAUUUUGAGACUUUUUCUCCUUUUGCCUCUGUAUUUCUGGAGAUUUAGGUUAUAGUUUAUAGUCAAAGAUCGAAUUUUGCUCAGAAAGAUCCUGGGUUUAUGUCAUGUUCUCACGGAUUUGAGUUUGAAUAUCGGUCUAGUCCAGUAUAAUGUUUGUGAGACUUCAUUCAAAAGCUAAGAAAUGGAAGAUGUACUAACCGAGAACCCUCCACCUUCAAGAUUCUUCCAAGACGAUCUUAACAACUUCGUUCAGCCACCUGAAUCCCUUCCAUCUCCUUUCAUCGUCUUCUCAAACCCGAAACCUGAACUGCCUCUCCGACCAUCUCUACUCAUCAUAGCCGUAUCUUCACCUUCCCUCUACGUCUUCCACAGUUUACCUUCAAAGACUCUCCUUGGAAGUCUCAUCAUGCCUGAAGUCCCGUUUUCUGGAAACACCAUGGAACCGUCUUUAGAAGACAAAUCCUGCAACAUAUAUUCAUUGAGUAGCAUCGAUGAUAAAAACUCGAUCCUCCUUGUAUCUGUUCAGCUUCCGGUGUCUCCUGAACGGUCUAACCUAGUCUCGAGAUUACUCAUUGGCCAAGACAUUAUCCCUGAGCGGGUUAUCAUCUUGGAUUCCAUUCAGAGCCGUAACUUCAGAGGUAAGCUCUCACCAGACGAAACAUUGGCUGCUAAACUCGAGACAUCAUCUGAGAAGAAAGCAACAUCUCGUGUGAAUCUGGAUUACUUCCCAUCAGGGAGUGUCAUCGACGGUCUGAGUGCUUCACUUCUAAGCCGGUGUCAGCUGAAGAACAUUAGAGGAACGUUGGUGAUCUCAUGGCCUGAGUUUAGUCCUUCUGUGAUAAGAUUUGUCGGAGCUCUUUUGAAGAACAUUGUCCCGAGUUUGGAUAUCGCAAGUGUGAACAAAGAUCUGGAGAAGUACUCUUCAAGAACUGGUCUUAAAAAGGAUGCUUGGCUCGACUCUGAUCUAUAUACAUGAGUCUCAAAAUAAAGUUGCUUUUUGUUUCUUAUGUAAUGCUUAGCUUUUCUUGGACAAAACAGAGACCUUAGGUUUGUUUGUGUUGUUCUCAUUGCAAACAGUUUUGUUUCACUUU